CUCUCUUAUGCUGAUAGAUAACAAUUCAAUGAUGUUGGUAUUAGUUGGGAUUCAUGGGGUCGUUUUAUUGAGAGAAGUGAUGCAUAUCAACCAUGAAUAUGGUCAGCUGGGAAUCAUGAGAUAGAAUACAUGCCAGAUGCAGGAGAAGUUAAUCCAUUUAAAUCACGCCUACAUAGGUUUAGUACACCUCAUUUGGCAUCCAGAAGUAAUAAUCCUCUCUGGUAUGCAAUCCAACAGGCCUCAGUUCAUAUUAUUGUCCUAUCCAGCUAUUCCCCCAUGUAUCGUAUCUCAAAUAUCUGCUAUAAUGUAUCAAGUGGCAACCAGUAUCCUGUGCCUAACAAAUCAGCUCCAGCGUACACAACAGUCGGAGACGGAGGAAAUCAGGAAGGUCUUGCUGGAUGGUUUCGGGAUCCACAACCUGAACAUUCUGCAUUCCGUGAAGCCAGUUAUGGUCAUUCGAUAUUGGAGUUGAAGAACCGAACCCAUGCGUUCUUGAACUGACAACGAAAUGACGAUUUGUGUCCUGUGGAAACAUUAGUGUCCAUAAGUCUGUGUUUAGUCACCUUAGUUGUUUCUUUGUUUGGCUGGCACGUCAUGAGUAACGGACUAUUACGUCCGUAUAUUUAUCCUG